ACGUGAUAGCCCAGGUUCCCCAUCCCCGCAGGAGCUGGCGUGAGGGCUGCCGGCCGCCUCCCCUCCAUUAGCCACAGCUAUUGGAUUUCCCACCCAGAAUCUUUAGCAAAUGAGAUGACGUUUGUCCAAGAGGCACUGACUGAACGGGCUGUUUGAUCGCCUUACAGAUCAUGAUUCUGGAAGGAAGUGGUGUAAUGAAUCUCAACCCCAGCAACAACCUCCUCCACCAGCAGCCCGCCUGGACAGACAGCUACCCCAUGUGCAACGUUUCCAGCGGGUUUUUUGGAGGCCAGUGGCAUGAAAUCCAUCCGCAGUAUUGGACCAAGUACCAGGUGUGGGAAUGGCUCCAGCACCUGCUGGACACCAACCAGCUGGACGCCAGCUGCAUCCCUUUCCAGGAGUUCGACAUCAACGGCGAGCACCUGUGCAACAUGAGUUUGCAGGAGUUCAUCCGGGCGGCGGGGACGGCGGGGCAGCUCCUUUAUACCAACUUGCAGCAUCUCAAGUGGAACGGCCAGUGCAGCAGUGACCUGUUCCAGUCCACGCACAAUGUCAUUGUCAAGACUGAACAAACGGACCCUUCCAUCAUGAACACCUGGAAAGAAGAAAACUAUUUAUAUGACACCAACUAUGGUAGCACAGUAGAUUUGUUGGACAGCAAAACAUUCUGCCGAGCCCAGAUCUCCAUGACAACCACCAGUCACCUUCCUGUAGCAGAGUCACCUGAUGUAAAGAAGGAGCAAGACCACCCUGUCAAGUCCCACACCAAAAAGCACAACCCACGAGGGACUCACUUAUGGGAAUUCAUCCGGGACAUCCUCCUCAAUCCAGACAAGAAUCCAGGGUUAAUCAAGUGGGAAGAUAGGUCAGAGGGCAUCUUCAGGUUCUUGAAGUCGGAGGCAGUGGCUCAGCUGUGGGGCAAAAAGAAGAACAACAGCAGCAUGACCUAUGAGAAGCUCAGCCGGGCCAUGAGAUAUUACUACAAAAGAGAAAUCCUGGAGCGGGUGGACGGACGGAGACUGGUGUAUAAAUUUGGGAAGAACGCACGUGGAUGGAGAGAAAAUGAAAACUGACCCUUGGAACACAACCCAAAACAGACCCCAUAUCCUAGCAAGCUGGGAACUCCUGGAUGUAAAUAUGUCCAAGACGACUUUUCUCUGCUAUUUAUGUACCAUGAGGGAGAGAGGGAGAAAAAAAAGAAUUCGACUUCUAACGGGAAGAAGGAACACUACAGUUGAUAAACUCAUUUUGUUACUUUGAAGUACAUCCUGUAUGGGGAGCCAACGAACACAGUUUUCUGUGAAUUAUGACGCUGUAUGUGGUUGUGACUGGUGUUUGCCUUUAUUGUGAAGUUCAUUUCCACUUGCAAGAAGAAUGGGUCUGUGGCCUUCAUGCUUCUUGCCGAGAGAAGGGGGAAAAAUUGGAGGGCAUUAAAUAUGUUUAUAUGCAAGUGAUUUAGGAAAAGGUGGCGUGUGUCCUUCGCACCUAAGCAACUACAUGGCCUCAUUAAGAGAGGUGGCAUGGUCGCAAGGAUGAACUCCAUCCAGGGUCUCCUAUUGACGGCAUGAACCGGAGGCUGCUGGGAAGUUUCACCUGACCCUUAGGAGCCACUGAGUGGAGAAUGAGGACUUCCAAGAAUCCAGGUGGACUAUAAUCCCUGCAUAAGCACGUGACUUUCAAUCUGUAAAUCAGCCAGAAGAAUAAGGGUGGGGCUUUUUUCUCACUCAGAAAUGAUUCUGAUGCCAAGGCUAUCUUCCUCCCUUCCCCUUGGAUGUGGUGGAAAAAAACUUUAAUUAUCACCUCUGCUCACUUCUAGUUACUUAAGAAAGGGCCCAGUCUUGGUUAUUUUUAUCCCAAUUGCUGAAAAACUAAAUGGGAAAAAGGAGGUGGCAAUGAGUUUGCUCCUGUAUUCCCAUAGUCCAUGGUUUCUCAAUGAACACAGUUGACAUUUUUGGCUGAAUAAUUCUUUGUUGUGCAUUCUCUGGCUGUCCUGUGCAUUGUAGGUUGUGUGGCAGUGUCCAUGACCUCUACCCUCUAGAGGCCAGUAGCACUUCUGUCUCCGAAGUUUUGACAACCAAAAACGUCUUCAGACAUUUUCAAAUGUCCCCCAGGGCGGUGGUGGGUGGAGGG